ACAACCAGACUGGCCACCCCAGGUGCCACCCCGAAACUAAAACAAUAAAAUUCAAUUAAACAUCAAAUGUACGAUUACGUUUUCGUAGUGAAGCUCAGAUGUCUGAGUGUAAGUGAAUGCAGCAUCGGCAAAGGAAGGAGAAAGACGGCACCACAGAGAACAAUUUUCCGGCGAAAGAAAAUGAUGAGAAAAUAAAUGUCCCGGUAAGUAAUAUUAAGUUUGUUGAGUUUAGUAAACUUCGGUGAAAUUAGAAUACCAAGGAAAAAAUAACACUUAAAGAAUUAUUGCAACCGCAGAAUAUUUCAGUAGGCUACUGGGGGGAGCUAGCAUAAGAGUUGUGAGUUAUAAGAUAUAAUCCAAGUCGUAACAUUGCUGUAUGGAGCUGCAGAAUUUGUUGCAGGUUAAUACUGGCAGUUUCACCAUGUCACCUGUCUGUAUUUCAUCAUCAGCCAGUGUUGUUCUUUAUACAUCAAUAUUACCAAAGUUUACCAUAAGGCACCACUUACACACUAUGCGGUCUAGCUAAUUUCUCUCAUUACUUAUCCUAUCUGCCAGCUCCAUGUUAUGAAUAGUGUAAAUCACCCCAUGAAACGGCUGUGCCAUGUUCAAUGCAGGGAUGUGCAGUUCUGCUUCUCAAGGCUCCUGUCCUCCCGUUUCCAUACUUCAACACAGCUGAUUUAAAGAAUUAUUUACAGACUUGUGCACAACUAGGUGUUUGGGGAUUAUUUGAUUUGAAUUGGCUAUGUUGGUAUAGGUAACAUCUAAAACAUGCAUGAUAGGAGUCCAUGAGUGCCAGAAUUUGACAUCCCUGACUUCCAGUCAAGGUCAUACAUCAGGAAAGUUGUUGUUUGUGACAUAAGUUUUUGCUUUAUUACUUCAGGGCCAACCAGUAUAGAUAAAAGAAUAGGAGUGAAGAAUGAAAAGAUCUCAAAAUAUUGAGAAUUUCUUCCUUAAGAAGGCUAAAAUAACGCCAGAAGCAGAGAGCAAUGUCAGGGAAAGGUGGACUGAGCAGCAGUCAUCAUUGUCACCUGUGAUUUCUACAAAUGAAGGCACUUCUUCACCUGUUCAUGAUCCACCAGAUAACCAGGAUGUGGUGCCUUUUGAAACAUCUUCUCCUUCAACAUCAUGUACGACACCAGGCCAUCCACAUGAUAUAUCUCAAAAUCCAGCGGAGGGACCUAGACAGCCACACUUGAAGAUCUUUCCUCGAACACUACAUGGUGAAAAGAGGAGGGCCUUCAGCAAGACAUGGUAUUCACAACACAAAUGGCUGGAAUAUUCUCAAAGUCUGGACGCUGUCUAUUGUUUUGCAUGUAGACACUUUUCCCUUCCAAAUGCUUCUGAAACUCCUUUUACAUCACAUGAAGGCUACUCAAACUGGAAGAAGGCGAUGUAUAAAGAUGGAGGUUUUAAGGGGCAUGAGAAAUCUGAAGGUCAUAUGAAUGCCAUGUAUGCUUGGAGUGAACAUAAGAACAACAUUUUGACAGAUUCAUCUGUGCGUGAUGCUUUGGACAAGGCAUAUAAAAAAAAAAGUAGAGGAAAAUCGCAUAUAUAUCAAAACUGUUGCUGAAGUACUUCUCCUUACAGCUAUGCAAAACAUCUCCCAAAGGGGGCAUCUUGAGACAGAUACAUCACAAAACAAAGGGAACGUUUUAGAGAUAAUGGAACUUAUUUCUAAGCAUAAUCCACUGAUUGCAAAAAAAAUGAAAGCUGCAGGAAAUGCAAAAUAUACCAGUAACACCAUUCAGAAUGAAGUAAUGGAAUGUCUGUCAGAGAUGGUACGUGAAGACAUUAUCAGAGAAGUGAAGGAGAGUGAGUACUUCUCUGUGAUUGCAGAUGAAACAAAAGACCUAAAGAAAACAGAGCAACUGUCAUUAGUACUAAGGUAUUACUACAAUGGGGCUGUUCAAGAGAGUUUUUUAGACGUCCAGAGAGCAAGUCAGCUAGAUGCGGCAGGGCUCACCCAAAACAUCAUACAGUGUCUGGAAAGGUAUGGCCUUGAAUAUCGAUCCAAUCUUGUAGGCCAAGGAUAUGAUGGGGCAUCAGUAAUGGCAGGGAAAUGCAGGGGUGUUGCAGCCAGGAUCAAAACAGAGGCAAAGCAUGCAUUUUAUGUACAUUGCAAUGCACAUUGCCUUAACCUUGUUAUCGUUGAUGCAGUGAAAGCAGUCCCUGAAGCUGACUGCUUUUUUUCAUUGUUGCAGAAAUUUUAUGUCUAUAUGUCAGGUUCAUAUGUUCACCAAAAAUGGAUCACAGUUCAAAAAGACAUGUAUCCAGAGGCUCCUAGAGAGCUUCAGAGACUCAGUGAUACCAGGUGGGCAUGUCGUUACAGUGCAUGCAAAACUGUAAUGGACAGAUUACCAGCUAUAUUAAGAGUACUACAUGAGAUAGAUUUAGAGAACAGUGGUGACAGAUCAGUGGAGGCACGGGGUCUGUUGGCACAAAUUGACCUCACAUUUGUUGGCAAUUUAUCCACAUUUAGAAAAAUUCUAGGGGAAAUUAAGUUGCUUUCUGAUGUACUUCAGUCUCCAUCUCUUGAUCUAGCAAAGGCUGUAGACCUAAUUCAUGCACUUCAAGACACCUUGGACCAAUAUAGAAGUGAAUCCUGUUUUGAUGAGCUGUGGCAAGACGCAAUGGAUAUUGCUGAACAGUGUACUGUUUCCUCUGAGACAGUUAAGAGAAGGGUGCAGAGAGAGAGCCUCAGACUUAAGGAUUAUUUUGUAGAGUCUCCAAUCGGGCAACACAGGUGUAAGGAGGAUGACAAGGACAAGUUUAAGAGGGAAGUAUUUUACCCCAUUCUUGACCAUGUACAUGCAGAGAUGCAGAAGCGCUUCAACAAGACCAAUUGUGAUAUUAUGAGGGGUAUACAGGCACUAAACCCCAAGAGUAAGAGCUUUUUGUCAGAGGAAAUAGUUGUAAGCUUGGCUGGUCUGUAUGACUAUGAUAUUGAAGACCUCAAACAUGAGCUGUAUCAAGCUAGAAAGGUUGUUCAAAGGAGAGCAGGGUGUGGAAAUGAACUCUCCAGUGUUUUGGAGUUUACUACCUUCCUAGAGCCUUACAAAGAGGUGUUUCAUCAGCUUUUUCGUUUAUGUCGAAUAGCUUUAGCCUUACCUGUCAGCAGUGCUACUUGUGAACGUAGCUUUUCAGUGCUAAAGCUUAUAAAAAAUCAUCUACGAACAACUAUGACUGAUGAGAGGGUUAGCAAUAUUGGAGUUUUGAGUAUUGAGAGGAAAAGGGCAAGAUCAUUAAGCCUGGAUGACUUUGUAACACGUUUUGCCAACCGUCACCGUAACAGGAGGAUCCACCUAUUCUAAGUCACUGAUAAUAUUCAAUGAAGCAUAGAGUAGGUACUUGAGUAAAUGUUCUCUUUCAAAACAUAAAUAUUUUGCAACUACAAGUGCUGCUGUUUACAAAUGUUUUUGUACUUCUUGUCUUCUUAACAUGUAACAGAGUCUUAUUAAAAGUUCAAGAGGUUUAUUUGUGCACAAUUUAUACUGAAACACAUUAUCAAAAGAAGGCACAGAAAGUAUUUACUUGCUUUCAGGUUUAAUUCAAAUGUUAGUCUUUUCAUUCGUUUUUUCCUGUUUCAAAAUCAAACACCAGCUUGUGAGAAGGUUAU